AUGCUAGAAAUUUGUCGAUAUCAGUUUCUUUCUUUCAUAUUUUAUAUUCUUUCUUUCUUCCUUUCUUGGUGCCAUAUUUUAUAUUUUUUUUUUUUUGUACUUUUUUUCAUAUUUUUUAUUCUUUCUUUCUUCCUUCCUUUCUUACAUUCUUUCUUGUUUCCGUAUUUUAUAUUUUUAUAUUCCUUUGUUUAUUUUUUUCAUAUUUUAUAUUCUUUCUUUCUUCCUUUCUUUCUUUCUUUCUUUCUUUCUUUCUUUUUUCCUUUCUUUCUUUCUUUCUUUUUUCCUUUCUUUCUUUCUUUCUUUGUUCCUUUCUUUCCUUCUUUCGUUCAUAUUUUAUGUCCCGUUCUUUGGUUUCUUUCCUUCCUUUCCUUCUUUCUUUCUUUCGUUCUUUCUUUCUUUCUUUCUUUCUUUCCUUUCUUUCUAACCAUCCUUCCUUCCUUUUUUUCAUAUUUACUUAUUCUUUCUUUCCUUCUUUCCUUCUUUCUUUCUUUCUUUCUUUCCUUCUUUCUUUCUCUCAUUCUUUCUAAUAUCUUUCUUUCUUUCUUUCUUUUUUCUUUCUUUCUUUCUUUCUUUCUUUUUUCAUUCUUUUCCUUAUUAUUUUCCCCUUUUGUUUUUCUUUUCUUUUUCCUGCUUUUCUUUGUUUAUCUUUGUUUCUUUCUUUCUUUCCUUUUGUUUCAUAUUUACUUAUUCUUUCUUUCUUUCCUUCUUUCUAUCUUUCCUUCACUUCUUUCUUUCUUUCUUUCUUUCUUUCUUUUCCUCAUUCUUUUCCCCUUUGUUUCAUAUUUACUUAUUCUUUCUUUCUUUUUCUUUCUUUCUUUCUUUCUUUCUUUCUUUCUUUCUUUCUUUCUUUCCUUCAUUUUUUCUUUCUUUUCCUUCUUUCUUUUUUCCUUCCUUCCUUCUUUCUUUCUUUCUUUUCCUUAUUAUUCCCCUCUUUCGUUUUUCUUUUCUUUUUCCUGCUUUUCUUUGUUUAUCUUUGUUUCUUUCUUUCUUUCCUUUUUAAUUUUCUUUCUUCCUUUUCAUUCUCUAUUUUUCCUCGCACUUUUUGAUUAUUCUAAUUUUCUUUCUUUCUUUCUUUCUUUCUUUCUUUCUUUCUUUCUUUCUUUCUUUCUUUCUUUCUUCCUUUUUUUUUCUUUUCCGAAACUGUCCCUUCGCAUCUGA